UUUCCGUGUUGCGUCACAUUUCUCGAGUUUUGCAUGCUGCUAGCGGCUGCUAGUGCGAGCUAAUAUUACCCGAGGAAAGGUCAUGGGGGAAAGGUAGCGUUGCUGCAACAACAACGUGGGUACCAUGUCUAAGACAGGCAGAUGAUUACUUGGACGGACUGAUUGCAUAUACCUAAUACUUUCAAAACCUUGGCUAGCUAACGGUAGCUCAAUGUCACUUGACAACACUAUCGAGUUAGGUACCUUACGUUGUUCCGCUUAAAAUCUUCAUACAGCCAGCAAAAUAAUAGGCAUGAGCCCGGUUUCAGGACAGGGCACACCAACAGCCCUCCCGGACACACCUAACACAAAUCUCUCGAUCAAGGCCAAUCUUCAGCGCCUCUUCAGCCAUGUCAGAUAUGAGAAUUUAGCAGCAGGACUGAGCGGCGGAGUCGUGUCUACUUUGGUCUUGCACCCCCUGGAUCUAGUCAAAAUCAGGUUUGCAGUAAGUGAUGGGCUGGAGUUAAGGCCCAAAUACAAUGGAAUACUCCACUGUAUGAAGAGCGUUUGGCAGCUGGAGGGAGUUCGGGGACUCUAUCAAGGAGUGACACCCAACAUGUGGGGAGCUGGAGCCUCGUGGGGACUCUACUUUUUCUUCUACAAUGCAAUCAAGUCAUACAUCCAGGAAAUUCGUCAGGCUGAACUGAGCGCAACAGAACACCUGGUGUCUGCAGCACAGGCAGGUAUGAUGACACUUUGCCUAACGAACCCCAUCUGGGUCACAAAGACCCGUCUUGUCCUGCAAUACAAUGCUGAGCCAUCUCAGAAGCAGUACAAAGGAAUGCUGGAUUGUCUUGUAAAAAUAUACCGGCAUGAGGGUAUACCAGGAUUGUACCGGGGUUUUGUGCCUGGUCUAUUUGGCACAUCCCAUGGUGCACUGCAAUUCAUGGCCUAUGAGGAACUGAAGAGAGAGUACAACAAAUACAGGAAGAAAGCAUCAAAUGCACAACUGAACCCAUUGGAAUAUAUUACCAUGGCAGCUUUUUCCAAAAUAUUUGCAGUUGCUACGACCUACCCAUACCAGGUGGUCCGUGCUCGCUUGCAGGACCAGCACAACAAGUACAACGGGGCCACAGACGUGAUUAAGAGGACGUGGAGAAACGAGGGGGCCGUCGGUUUCUACAAAGGAAUGGUGCCCAACCUGCUCAGAGUCACGCCUGCAUGCUGCAUUACCUUCGUGGUCUACGAGAAGGUUUCCUACUUCCUGCUCGGCAAACACAAGUGAGCCAGACACGGGAACCAGAGGCAGAGCUGGAACCAGUCGGGCAGGGCCGAACUGCAUUGGUGAUGGCCAAAAGUGACCUCACUCGUGCCUCUGAAACGAGGCUCACGGUUGUAAUUUUCCGAGCAUGCGGUGGUAUUGAACAUCAUUGGCCCUAAAGGCUCAAUAUUUUUACGUUCAAAAAGUAGUCUACGGGUGAAGCAUCCUGUCUCAUCUGUGUGGUGCGUGGACAUACAGAAAAGCAUCAAUUCCCCAAAUAUCACCAACCACCACCAGAGAACACAUUUAAACGUUUGCAUAUUUAAGCCUAAUUAUGAUUAAAUGUAAUACAGGCAAAACUACUUCCACACUAGUGCAGUACUGUUGCGCUCACUGUAAUCCGUUAAUUCUUUAUGCAUUGGUGUGACCCACAAUUUGAAGACGGAAAGUUUAAACUGGCGUUAUAGUACAAUUUUGGUUCAUUUUUAACAACAGCUAUCCAUCACGUUGGCCUCCAAUUCAAAGAAUGAAAUGGACUGCCCCAUUGAAACGAUGCAAGACAGAAGGUUCUGGAUGCCUUAAGGAAAAUAACGCACAGUUAGACAGAAUGCCUUUGACUCAGGGCAGUGGAAAUUGUAUGUAUGCGAUUUUAUGUACUGUAUGCGUCAGGGUUUUUUUAUUGUUUUUAUUUAACUUAUUGGCUUUAAUACUUAGUGGAAUGUUUUACGUAUUGCUGACAAAUCGGUCCAGUGUGAAUGCUUGUUGUCAUGACCAGAGAAGACUAAGCCGUCUCAAAUUUUCUGCAAGGUUAUUUUUUUGCUCAGCUUAAGUUCAAAGACAUUGCUUUUAAAUGUGUUUCAUGUGGAAAAAAAAUAAUAAUGUGGCUUCUGUUUCUGCACACAACAUGGUUUUGCAAUAUUUGUCUGCAUUAAAAAUCCAGAGAAAUGUUA